AUGCAGUCGCUCCAGUGCGAUUCGAAGCAAGGUGGCGGUAUGAUGUACCGUCUACAACUGCCAGCACUGAGCUCCGUGGACGUGGGGGCUCUGGACGUAGUGCUCCUGUCCAACUACCUCACUCUGCUGGCCCUGCCACUGUUGACGGAGGAGCUGGGCUUUACAGGGAAGAUCUACGCCACUCAUCCUACGCUGGAGUUUGGUCGUGUGCUCAUGGAGGAGCUGACAGCGCUAGGCCAGGGCGAGAAUGCAGCUGUUUUUACUUUUGAGGGCGUGGCUGACGGUCUCGAGACCGAGCUCCCAAUGUACUCGAUGAAAGACAUUGAAGCGUGCUGUAAGAAAGUGUGCUGUGUCGAGUACAGUGAGACUGUACCCAUGGCGUACGGUGUCCAGGUCACAGCGCUGAGUUCAGGGUAUAGCAUGGGUGCGAGUAUUUGGCUCGUGGAAGGGCCGAACGAUCGACUGGCAUAUGUAGCCACGUCUUCAGGAGACUACAAUCGUCACCCGAAAGAGCUCGAUCUUUUGCCGCUGGUGGACUGUGAGACGCUACUUUUGACAGAUCUGAAACCGGAUCGGGAUCCUCACUCGAGCACGGAACAUAUGAUGGAGCGUCUGCUCAGCGGACUGACCCGUGUGCUUGAUCGCGGUGGCGUUUGUAUUGUACCUACGUCGCCUUGUAGCGUGAUGUUUGAUCUUGUGGAGGCAAUCUUCGCUGCGUGCCUUCCUAACAAGCAGAAUGUACCCAUGUACUUUAUAUCGGACUGUGCUUCGCGCAUCAUGGAGCUUACGCAUAUCGGAGCUGAGUGGCUCUGCGAGAAGAAGAUUGCAAUGCUCUAUGCAGGUGAAAAUGCAUUUUUGCACGAGACCCUACUGAAAAGCAACGCAUUCCAUGCUGUCGCCGAGGUUUCGGUUGCCUCAGCCACUGCAUUACAGGGCGGAAGCAUUCUUUUUGUGGGCCACCCAUCUGUCAAAUUCGGACAGGGACUGGAACUGGUACAGGUACUGGGAAACGAAAGCCGCAACGCUGUCUUUCUGAUCGAUCCAACAGUGGAGCCAACACAGGCGUUCGCUCCUUUCCGAGACUUGAAGAUUGAAAAGAUUGUUUGCCCGAUCGAUCCGAGAUUAAGCUGUGGUGACGUCAAUCAGUUGAUCGCCCGCUGCUCCCCUCACAAUCUGAUUGUCCCACACGAGUACAGCGCUGCGCCGCCAGCGAGUACAAUGGAAGAAGCCGACAUGUCAUCGCACUUUUCACGAGUACUUCCACUGCACGAGCUGACUGUGGCAAAGUCAAAGACGGAGCUGCUUACGUUUCCGAUGGAACCGUUCAGGCCGAUUGUGAUCGAGAAAGCGUCGAAGUAUUUAGAUGGAAGACUCGACUCUAAGCUUGCUGCACAGGUCACCAUAACAGAGGUAAAUGGAAAGGCUGCGGCCUGUGUAAAUGGCGUACUCAAUGUAAAGCGAAAAGCGUACGUGUUGGAGCCAUCUGCAAGCGCCAUAUCGUUGCCGACUGGUUUGAGUGAUGAACCGAAGCCGAAAGUGUCGGAAAAACGCAAAGCGUUAUCGACAGCUAGCUCAGAUAGCGCUUGUACGCUGAAGGGGAUUGACUUCAAGGAAGCAAGUAGCCUUCUCUUGGGUCAAGUAGAUGAAGAUGAGCUGACGCGGCAAGUAAAAACGCAUGAUCCACUAGCGCAAGUGUACAUUUCACAAGGCCAAGGAGACGCAGAUGUGUUCAUGAGCAUCCCUUCGCUUGACGCCCGCGUUACAUUGUGGAAAGAGACCGGGAAAACGCUUGUUGAGACGGAUAAAGAGGACACUCGUGCUCUGUUGACGGCGUUCAUUUUGGCACAGCUGGUGGUCAUCCAUCAGGGCUAG